CACAGCGACAUUGUUCGGUAUUUUGGUGCCUUGGAAAAUGCCAUCAUCUUGCAGUUUGCGGAGCCAGACGUCAAUCAGAUUAUAACUGGCAAGGCAAACAAAUCCAGUGGCGCGUUCUCUCAAGCUUCGUUGGUUUGAACAACUCACCGAUGCCAUGUUUCAUCCACUCGAGAAAGGUGUUCCAUGGGGAGAUAUCCUGCAACAGCAUUUUCUUCGACGACAGCUUUGACGUGAAACUCGGUGAUUUCGCCGGAUCAACCAUUGAUGACCUUUCUCUACUCAUCUGCUACGAGACCAGCUAUGAACUUCCCGGCGAAGAUAUCGCGAUAAGAACGAAACUCUUUGCCCUCGGCUCCACGAUCUAUGAUGGUUAGUUAUUCUGGCGGCUGCCAUCCAAGAGUCGCAUAAAACGUAUCUCGAAUCGUUCUCAGCCCACGAUUCUUGUUCCCCUUUCUAUUCACUGCUAUUUC